AUGCCUUCCCUCCACCAAGCAGCCAUCUUCCUCGGAUUCUUCCUCAUUGUGACAGGUGGCUCCACUGCCUUUCUCACCUCCCCUCAGAGUCGCCUGCAGGCCUUCUCUCUGUGCUGCGUGGUUCUGGGAGCCAUCAUGCUGAUUCUGGGGCUAUUCUGGGCCAUGAACAACAAGAACCACGUAGAGUACAGCCAGGGAGAGUACCCCAACAUCCCCCACUAUCCUCACCAGGGACAACACCCCAACUACCCCUAUCCACACCCAGACCUCAACUACCUUGGCCGGUACGCCCAUCCUGACCUGGGCCACGUCCUCUUCAGCCACCCUGGUCCUGUUGGACACUUCCCAGAGUCACAAUCAGCCCUACUGCAGAGUUCCGAGCACCAGCAGCGAGGUGUGAAUGGGGGUGAUGAUGUGGACUACCCCCCGCUCAGCCCCCCCUCCCACUAUCCCCCCUGGCUGGGCCCCCCACCUCCCUACGAGGUCGCCAUCAAGAACACCUGUAGCUCCACCCACUUGCGCCGUGCCUACUCAGACGGACACCUGGCCUCGGAACCCCUGUUUGGCCAAUCACGGGAGAUCAGCUUCGAAGUGUGA